UGCUAGUUAGCAUUAGCCUAGCCUUCACGAGCCCCAGGUACACCUCACUUCGUAGUGGAACUGUGAACUUUGACUUUUAGCAACACAAGCCCGAUAUUUGUAUUAACUCAACAUGGAGUUGUUAAAGUCAAGCUGUUCUUUUACGACACCGACACCGAGUGUUCACUAAGUUCCUAAGUAGCUAAGCUUGCUUGUUUGUUUUUCCAGUCUUUGUAGUCUUCAUUAGUUAAUUUCAUAAUCGGUUAUUCGAGUAUUUGUUUGGUCCAUAAAAUGCAACUGACAAAAAAACGCACGUUAUGUUGUUCAGACGUUGGUAUAUUUAGUAAAAAAAAGUCGUAACCAUGAGUUAAAAAUGCGUUUCUCUGUUGUUCGUACCAAAGCUGUGAUAAGAUAAAGUAACGUUAUCGUUAGCUGCUGGUGACGUGCUCACGACAUUCACGGAUAACGAAGCUGAAAUGUUACGUAAUCACAGAAUCUUGGCAGCCAGGGGUGGUCAGCGGAAACCUGUACCUAGCAGGGUUGGGCAGAUUGAUACUUAACAUAUCUCUACACUAAAGUGGGAAAAAAAAUGUCCAGUAGAAGCCAGCACUAUGGGUUCCAGUCAGCCACCAUGGUGCAGCCCGCCAACGGUGGUCACGCCUAUCUGUUUGGAAACAACGGCUCGGAGAACGAUCUGUCGGAGGAGGACGCCGAGAUCUAUGAGCUGCGGCCUCGUGGCAGAGAGAGGAUCCGGAGGAGCACGUCCAGGGAGAGGCUGGACGAUAUCAUCUACCUGAGCAGGGACGUCCACGAGGGAGACACUCUGAACAGCAUCGCCCUGCAGUACCAUUGCUCAGUUGCUGAUAUUAAGCGCGCCAACAACCUCCUGACAGAGCAGGACUUCUUCGCCCUGCGUUCAGUAAAGAUCCCUGUGAGGCGAUUCAGUGUCCUCACAGAGACUCACAGCACAGGUCCUCUUAAAUCUGCCUCGCCCUCUGGUGCCACACGCCCGCCUCAGAUCUCACCGGUUGCCACCCUCCCUUCAGAGUCCUCCACAGAUUCCUCGUCUUCUGCCGACAGUGUGGAAGGAUUCCUCCUGGAGAAGGACAAGGACAUUGAGCGCCUGGUUAAGUCCACAGGUCCGUCUCGGAGCAGCCUGCACGAGGUGGUUUCCUCCUUGACGCUGCAGCAGCCUCUGCUGGCAGGCGCGGAGUAUAAGUCAGUACAGAGAAAGGACCCUUAUCAUGGGGCCGAUUGGGGCAUGAGAUGGUGGACGGCGGUGGCCAUUAUGCUGGUUGUUGGAAUUGUCACGCCUGUGUUUUAUCUGCUGUACUAUGAGGUUCUUGUGAAAGCCGACGUCAGCCACCACGGAGUCCCGACACCAGCAAGCAGCGACACAAAGCACGGACACCUCCCUAGCGAUAAAUUGAACAUUCCAGUUGGAGAAGUUGCAGGUGCCGUGCUUGGACAGAAUCCUGGAAACGUGGAUCCCGGAAAUCCCCAGAAAUUCAAUGUGGAUAAACCAGGAGACAGUGAACAGGGAGGACUUAAGACAUAACAAGGGAUUUUAACUUCACAUAGAAAUUUGUCGCUAGCUAAGAGACCUAAUAAACUGAGUGGAUGAUCCCAUUUUGAGUAGUUUUUGACUUAAAAGGUCCAGUGUGUAGGAAUUAGUGAGAACUGCAGUGACAUCUAAUGGUGAGAUUGCAGAGUGCAACAAAUGGAGGACUCUGCAUGGGGCUUCCUUUCUCAAACAUAUCAGGGAUUCACAGCGUCCUUUAGGCCGUGUUUCCACCGAGUGGUACAGUACCUGUUUUUUUGCAUUUCCAUUAGGAACAGUAUCAAAAGAACUGGCCCCAACCAGAGGAAAUGGUAUAGACCGGCUCCACCCAUUAUACAAAGCUUGACGUCUUGUUGAGACAAACAGCCCACAAACCGAGCAGGAAAGCAAACAAAAUCAACACUAUGACGUCACACUAUGCAUCAGGCACAGCCCACGUUCCCCCUACCAAGUAAAAGGUACUGUUAUCGAAGCGCAACCCUGACACCGUAAUAAAACAAAAUGGAAACACGGCAUUACAUACAAGAGAUGACAAGGAUGCUUGUCUCUCAACUCUAUUCCACUUCCUUUCUUCUUUGUAGAUUCAGGUGUUGGGUGGAAGUGUGUAACGCACACCUUUUUUGAGGCUGUUGUGUUAGUUCUGUCUAAAGCAAGACCGCUGCCUAAAGUACAGAUAAAAGGCCACUUCCGAGAGUGAAUGAGUAGUUUAUUCAAUUUCUGCCAUUAAACCCUACUAAUUAUUACACACUGGACCUUUAAUACAUCACUGCAAUUUGUCUCUGACAAAUUUUUUAACAGUUGAGAGACUAGAAAUAAGGGUAAAGACCACAAUUGCUCCCUGUGUCCAUUCAUUUUCAUCAACAUUGUUUUCAAGAAAAAGGGACCAUCAGACGCAGGUUCAGACGUCUGCUGGACGAGUCACAUUCAACUUUACGGAGACUCUGAGGGUAGUUUGUCAUCAGGAGAUCUCAUGGUGUUAUUGUUGUCAUCUGGGCUGCUAGGUUUACACUAAUCUCCACCCAAAUACUGUUGAAAGGAGUUCAGAACUCCAAGUGGUUUCUUCAGUGAUGGAUCAGUGGCCACAGCCCAGAAUUAUCAAUAAUUCUGAGUUUUUCGUGUCCCUCAAACCUGUUUGUUUUUUUCCCCCAGUAUUUUUUUGCCAUGUUAGUAAUUUUCCAACACUUGUUGGGAAAGUAUAAUUGCUGCCACAGUGUUGAAUACAUCAUUAAUUUAUUUCAAGACUGUUGAGCAUUCAUUUUCACUCACGCUAUCAGUAUUGACCGUGAACCGUUGAAUUGUGUUUGUAUAAUUCCACGGAAUUUGCUUGAAUUUUUUUUCUCUGCCUGCAGAAAACUGCUCUUUUGCAUUUAAAAAAAACACAAAUAUUCAGAGCAUGGUAAGAAACAUGGGAAAUGCACAGUAUUCCCACAAAGACUCACACUUCUUAAGUAAUUAUGUGACAUUUGAGUUUUUGAUAUAGCCCUUUUAUUAGAUCACUGUGUAUUCAUAUUUUAAGACAAAGCAUUUUGUGUCGUCGACAACAUGUGCCUUUUUCGACCUGUGUAAAUGUACAACGGGCUGGAAAAUAAAUCUAUUUUGAAUAAAUUAUUGCUAGUCCGCA